AUGGCUUGCAAUUCGGUCUCUGUUGAUAUUGCCAUGGAACUGACAUCUUUUGAGAAAGCAUCAGAAAUGUGGAGUCAUCUACAUACCCUCGGUAACCAACAAAAUCUGGCUCGAGAAUUUGAAUUGGAAAGACUACUUGCAGAAUCUAUACAAGCUGAAAAAAAUGUUUUUUCCGCCUCUAUUCCUGCGGCUGGAUUGAAGGAUUUCAUGACUACGAUGAAGAGGACAAGGACAGUCCAAUUUCUAAUGAAACUCAGGCCCGAGUUAGAGCAUUUGCGUGCUAGUAUUCUUAACAAGGAAAAACUACCAGCUUUGGAGGUGGUAGUUUCUGAAGUUCUUCGAGAAGAAACUCGGCUGUGUUCUCAAUCUUCGAUAGAGAAUUCCCUUACCAUGGACACUGCCUUUGCUGCAUACAAAAGUUCUUCUUCCUCGGGCAACUCUAACAAGCCUGUUCAAUGCUAUCAUUGCAAGGAAACAGGACACAUUAUUUCCCAUUGCAAGAAGCGAAAUUAUUGCAACUAUUGUAAGAAAGAUAGUCAUAUUAUUCUGGAAUGUCGUAAGAAAUCUGGUCCAGGGAAACGCUCAACUCCUCAUAAAGCCUUCCAAGCGAUGGCAAGGGAUGCUGGAACACGAGAAACACCAAGCACAAAAGUGCUUGAUCGUAAUGAUAUCUACAAAAUGAUACAAGAAUCAUUGGUGGCUGCUCUUCCUAAUGCAAUCUCUUUAACUCUGACUGCUACGUAUCCUGGUAAGACUAAACCUUCAGACUCAACGGUAUGGCAUAUUGAUUCUGCUGCAUCUAAUCAUAUGACAAGAAAUCAAAAACUGUUUUUUGAUUUAUCUAAACCACGUUCUAGACAUGAAAUUGUUACAACAAAUGGUCAUGUUUUAACUGCAUCAGCUAUUGGCACCAUUAAACCAUUUUCAGAAGUUCUUUGUGUACCAAAGCUUACUGCAAAUCUUUUAUCUGUUGGGCAACUUGUAGAACAAAAUUUUUUGGUUAUUUUUUCUCCUAAUGGUUGUGUUAUUCAGAACAUAUUGGCAGGCUGUUUCUUCUUCAAUCUCAGGAUACCAAACUCCAUCAGUGUUUUCUUUCAGCUUCAAAUAAAGAUAUCCAAUUUUCAAAUAAAAUGUGGAACUUGUGGCAUCUCCGUUUAG